UUAGAUAUAAAAGAGUGUGCAAGUGAGUUUUGUACAUACUAGAAAUUCUCUUGUUCUGCUCAAUUCUGAACUUGAUCUUGCUGUGAUAAAAAAAAUAAAAAUCUGCAUAUCUAUACUAUUAUGGCGAACAACAAUGUUUAUCAUAACAGUGCUAAUAUUGCUUCUUUUUCUUUGACUGAUCCUGACCCUGACCCUGACCCUGAACCGGAUGAUAUUUCUGUGUUUCUUCGUCAUAUUCUCCUUCCUUCUUCGUCUUCGUCUUCAUCCAAUUUAAUGGCCCUGAAGGGUAAUGAAAUGCAAUAUUCCUCACCAUCACCUCAUCUUAUGCCUAACAAUAAUCAACAGGGCGAUUUGUCAUCCAUGAUGAAUUCAUCAGCUGGCGGCAUUUUCUCUUCUUCAUAUGGGGCUUAUAAUGGUGCAACUAAUGUUUCUUCGUCAUCUGUUGGGACCAUGGAUAACGAUCCGGAUGAGUAUGAAUGUGAAAGUGAGGAUGGUACAGAGGAUUUGGGGGCGGAAGCUUCAGUUCAACCGCCAUCUCGUAACACUUCCAAGAGAAGUAGAGCAGCUGAAGUGCACAAUUUAUCUGAAAAGAGGAGAAGAAGCAGGAUUAAUGAGAAAAUGAAAGCAUUGCAAAAACUUAUUCCAAAUUCAAAUAAGACUGACAAGGCUUCAAUGCUAGAUGAAGCCAUUGAGUAUCUUAAGCAGCUUCAGCUCCAAGUACAGAUGUUGACAAUGAGAAACGGGUUAAACAUGUAUCCUCUUGGCCUGCCACGAAUGCUACAACAAAAUCAACUAUCCCAGCAAAAAAUAGGUUUGUGCGAGGGGAAUGGAUUCACAAAUGCUAAAGUGGCUGGGAAUCUCCAAGUUAACCAAGACGCCUCGUUAAGUGCCAUUUUCAAUCCAACUGAAAAUUGUACAGAAACUAAGCUAACACCACUGGUAACUAUGUCAAAUGUUAACCAUUCAGACGGUGCUUUUGAGCCAGAGUCAUCGAUGAAUACUCACCUUGAUCCCUUUCAGCUCUCAAGAUCUACCAGUAAGGAAAUUUGGAGGGAGGAUGGCUUACCUAUGUAUGGAAUGAAUGAGCGAACAACCAAAACUGCAUCAGUUGGAGCAAAUGUGGCAUUCUCAGUUCCCAUUGAUACCGAUGCAUCUAACCUGAAGAGAAACACUCGGGAAGCCUGCUUGCUUCGAUAUCAGUUUGGUGCUAUGAAUGAAACCAAUCUGGAUUACACCCGUGCUCUUCCAUAGCAGUGAUUUUUUUUUUUUUUAUCUUUAUUCCUGAAUUUCCUUGUUCUAUUGUUAGUCACACUUCGGAAGAAGUUCUUAAGUUGACAUUAUCUAAGGUGAAUGCAGCAACUUCUGAAAUUUUGGACUUCAUCGCCCUGCUGGAUUUUGUCGAAGUUAUGAGACAUGCAUCUUGCUGCUUAGGAUGUUUAAUGUUGUUAACUUUUGUGCUCAAAAGCCACUGUUUUGAAUGAAUCACAUCUGCAUUGCUUCUGCGGAGAAGUUGGAAUAUAAAUCUUGUUAUGAAAUAAGAA